GCCACUUACUCUGCGUGGGCGUAAUACCAUCCCUCUUUCCUCCAUCAUCUCUGAUCUCUCUCUCUCUCUCUCCUCCUCCUCUUUCUUUUCUCUCUCUCUCUCUCUCUCUUUUGUUAGUUGUAAUGCUUGGCCCAAUAGUAAGAAGACUGGGUGGUCGAAAGGUAAUACUUGCCAGUGAAUCUCCAAGACGCCGUGAAAUACUACAGCACAUCAACUUUCCCUUUGAAGUGGUCCCGUCAAAGUUUGAAGAGACAUUAGACAAGUCCCAAUUCCCCGAACCAUACUUGUAUGCAGUUGAAAAUGCCAAGGGAAAAGCAUGGGAGGUUGCAAAGAGAAUAAAAGAUAGUGAGAUUGUUUGGCGUGUAGUCAUAGGAGCUGAUACAAUUGUCGUGAGGGAUGGUAUUAUUUAUGAGAAACCUAAAACACAAGAGAAGGCAAGAGAGAUGCUCAGAAACUUGCAAGGUGCUGCUCACACUGUCGUUACGGGUCUUGUGCUCAUUUUUCAAAAUGAUGAUCAGACCCUUCGCGAGGUAAAAUGUCACGAGACCACACAUAUUGAGUUUUCUGAUCUCUCAGAUGAAAUAAUUGAGUCUUACGUGGAGUCUAACGAACCUUUGGACAAAGCAGGAGCGUAUGGGAUCCAGGAUUUAGGAGGGACACUAGUCAAAUCUAUCACUGGAGACUAUUACAAUGUCGUUGGAUUACCACUAAACAGACUUUGUACAGAAUUAUUGAAAAACCUAUAAUAUUAUGAGUCCAUUUGAAAUUUAGAAAUUGCCAAUAGAUGAUAAAAACUAGAUAUAUAAUGUGAACAUUUAUGACUUGCCAAUUGCUACCCUUUAACAUUACGCAUGCAUUUGAAAUUUAGAAAUUGCAAAUUGUUAAAUUUCAAAAUGUUAAAA